AAAUAAAUAUUCAGGGCACGCCAUCGGACUCCCCAGCAAUCCCCAUCUUCCCCUCCAAGCUUCCGAUCUUCCCUCUCGCCUGCCGCUGCCGAGAUGACGGUGGAGAAGAUCGACGCGACGGUGGCCGACUUCGACGGCCACUUCGAGAGGCUCUUCGCCGGCGACGACGGCGGCAAGCUGAAGCUGCUGCUCUUCCUCGCCGACCGCGAGCCCUCCUCCUCCCUCACCUGGUGCCCCGAUUGCAACGUGGCGGAGCCGGUGAUCUACGAGAAGCUGGAGUCGCUGGGCAAGGACGUGGUGCUCCUGCGCGCGUUCGUCGGCGACAAGCCCACGUGGAGGGACCCGGCCCACCCGUGGAGGGUGGACCCGCGGUUCGCGCUCAAGGGCGUGCCGACGCUGCUGCGGUGGGACAAGGGCGCCGCCGCCGGCCGCCUCGAGGACGACGAGGCCAACGUCGGGGACAAGAUCGAUGCCCUGCUCAAUUGAGUGGUGAAUUAUUAUGUGCUGACCGCCAGUAUCGUCUGCUUAAUCCAAGUGCCAAUAGAAUGCUUUUGCUUUGGCGGCAGAUGUUAGCUAUCUGAAGUCGUGCUGUUCUUCUAACCAGUCAGCUUGAGCCAUGAACCAAAUAAAACAGGGGAACACUUGAACUCAA